AUGUCGGCCAUUUUUCUUCCUUCGUUAAUUUUUUAUUUGAAAUUUUUUGUUAUAUAUCUUGACUCUCAGAAAGUUCCCUCCCUCUGCUUUUCCCCCACAUCCCAAAAUCCCAUUGGCAGCUCUCAGAAAGUUCCCCCUCUGCCAAGACUCCCACAUACCUCUCCCCUUGCAGCUCCAAACGUUCCCACCCUGAUUCUUUCUCCCCCACAUAAAAACAAAAAAUCUCAACACGUUCCCUCCCUCUUCUUUUCGAUAAGGUCAUACAAGUUUCCCUUUCAGCUCUCAACAUUUUCUACACCAAUUUCUCACCCCCAUCCUUCUCCCCUGGCAGCUCUCACAAAGUUCCCUCCCAAAUUUCUCCCCAUUGAUCUCUUCCUUAUAAGGCUCUCAACAAGUUCCCUCCCUCUGCUUGAUCCGCCCAUCACCCUCCCUCCCUUGCAUUUCAAAUUUUUCCUCCCUUACUUUCUCCCCCCAUAUAAAAUUUUCUCUGAAAUUUUUCCCAACCUCUCUUUUCCAAAUUUUCCCUCACUCUUUGUAUUUCCCUCCCUCUCUCUUUCUCCCCACAUCCCUUUUUUGCAGCUCUCAACACGUUUAAUCUGCUUUCUCCACAUACCUCUCUCUCCUUUUUUCUCAAAUUCCCUUUAUCUUAGACCCCAUUUCCUCUCUUACUUCAGCUCUCAACCUCUCAACAAGUUGAAAGAAUUUUCUUAUGAGUUUCUCUCCCUUUUUUUUUCAACAAGUUCCCUCCCAUAUUCUUUCAUAUUUCUCUCCAUCUCCUUAAAUCAAUACCUUUUUUCACCUCUCUCCCUUUCAUCACUCCCUUUAAAAAAAAAGGGAUCUUUUUCCUUCUCUUGCAGCUCUCAACACGUUCCACCCUCUGCUUUAAAAACCACCUCUUCUCGUUUGCAUCUCUCUGAAAAGUUCCCUCCCUCUGAAAUUAGAUAA